GCUAGAGUUGCGUGCGAGAUCAAGGUGAAACACACACACGCGCACGCAGAUCCGGUAGAACAGGGUGGAUUUCAUGUAUGCAGCAUGCACUCGUACUCGGCACAGUUCAACAGAGAGUCUGCACAUUCAGUCACGACCUUACAAACCAACACAGGCGCACACCCCAUGACGUCCCCCGCGGCCCCUCCAUUACAUACGAGAAACAGGCGGCAGCCCGACAGGCCACCGCCAACUAAGUCGGUUGAUUCUCUGUGUACUGUGCACGGUCGUUGGACGCCGAAAAAGAACCAAACCACAUGCGGUGCGCAUGUGUAGGUGCGUGUAUCAGAAAGUGCGGCAGCGCCUGGAGGCCCAGCCAUUCAUUCCAUUCAUCGCUGGGCCUCCAGGCGCCUGGGUAUGUUCCGCAGGGACGUCAGAACCUCAGCAGACUUCUGGAGCAAUCCCAACAACUCAGCCUCCCUGAACCGGACAGCAACAACAACAGACCGACAGCACGGCACACCAAUCACAGGCAGCAAUAUCGCUGUCUUCCUCUCUCUGCCCAUCUUUUCCCGCCCCGAUCUAAUCUACACACCUGGCCACAUCCAGCGGUUCAUUGCCACUCUGGGGCUCCUGACACAGGCUCUGAGAAUACCUGAGACGCACAGACACCAAUAUGUAAGCAGUCCCGUGCGCCAUCCAUCCAUCCAUCCGUCGGUGCAGGCCGUGUCUUGUCUUCCCUGCUCCUCCCUCCUUCCCUCGCUCACUUGAACAUGCGGUUGAGUAAGAUCUCCUCUGAGUAUCUCAUGGUGGCCUCAAAGCGACUGUUGAGGUCACUCCGCCUCCUCGGGUCCUCCCCGCCCCCACCGCCCUCAGGCCCCUCGCCGUCUGACGCAGCCGGCUCGAUCCUCUCCCGCUGGUGGUGAUGGUAGUGGUGGUGAUGGUGCGCACCAUUGUGGGCGUGCUCGUUGCGCGCACUCACUGACGGGUCUGCCGCCACUCGCUCCGCAUCAGCAGAAGGGAGGAAGGUGCUCUGCCCCGGGCGAGAGAGGGCAAGUCUGAGGGGAAUGACCUGCGACGAGGCGUUGCUGGCGGUGUUGCCGUCCUCAGUGGUGGCGGCGUCGGCCAUGAUGGCCAUCAUCUGGUUGCUUCGUGCGCCCCUCUCCCUCUCCCUCUCCCUGCCCACUGGCUCCUCACGAAGAGAAGAGUGGGGGAGGUGAGGGUGGGCGAACAGGUCGCUGUUGCUGAGGUUGCUGUUGGAGUAGUGGUGGUCGGGUGGCAUGUUGGCGUGUGCGUUGGGCGGGUUGGCGGGCUGAGGGGUGGGCAGCGAGGUGGGGCUGCCGCCGUCGUUGUCGGCGUCAUCACUGGAGAGGGAUGCGCCGCCGGCCAGGGGAGGGGGAGGAGAGGGAUCGCAUGAAUUGCGACCAGGAAGGGGAUGUUGGAAUGGCAACACCUCUGGAAUAUCUGCAAUCACACACACCACACAAGGCGACCAGCAGAUCUGAUGAAGAUCCAUGCAAUGCUCUCUUCUUCUUCUUCAGCAGCAGCAGCAGCAGCAGCUCACUUGAACGAAUGUGGUUUGGGGUCUCUUCCACCUCAGCAUCUUGCUGGCCGUCGUCGGGCUGCGACCCGCUUUCGCCUCCACUAUCAACACCAGCCAUGCCUCUCAUCCUCGCGCCUCCCCCAGCCGACUGCUGAGGUUGGCUGAACGCGUGUGUGGGGGUCUCAGGGGUGCCAAGAGAGCCCUCCCGCUGCCGCCCGUCAGCACAGGACGACGCUGGUCGUGGCUCGGCAGCAAACGGGUCUGCGUCAUUCUCAUUGAGGCUUGACGGGUGUGUCUGGGAGAGGGGCGAGUGGGAAGAGUUGGUCUCGCCGCGGUUGUCGAUAUCCAUGGUGUCUGAGUAGACGGCACUGCACGACGGACAGACCUUGCGUCCCUCUCGGUCUUGCAUCAGAGGCACAUUGCCGCCAUCCUGCAACCACGGAGCGAGAGAAAGAGGGAGUGGGAGCAGGCACAGAGAUAUGUGGAGUGCAGAUCUGGUGGUGUUGGUGUGGCAUCUCUCCCUUCUGGCCGUACUGUACUGUACCUUCUGGCAGGUUUGCUCCAGAUGGACAGCCUUUCAUUUUCUACAUUCGACAGCUCAUCCAUGCCAGUGCCCUCCAGCGUUUCCUCGCCAUAAGCCAUCCUCUUCUCCUCAACUCCUC